AAAGCACUACCAAGGAAAAAGGGCGAUAUUCCGGCUGAUAAGGAAUUUGGAGUAGCCGAGCAGCGAAAAGUCACAGAUAAAAUUGCUUGGAGUCGUCGAUUGGGGAACGGCAACCUAAGGAGGAGCAACCACACAAACCACGCCCACAAUGACCGCCCUGCGAUACAUGGGAUGGGUCACCGGCUGUUCGGUCCUCACAGCCUUCGUUUCCAUCAUUUGGCAGGCGUUUCUCUCGCUGCAGACGCUUAAUAGGACCACUGUCCUAUUAAGUGGUCUCUUGGCCAUCGAGGGAUCCCUAAAGCGCCCCGCCUUGGAACCGGCGCCGAAAGUGGCCAUCGGAUACGGAGCCUGCACGGAUCUGCAGAUAAAUGCCACCGAGUUUCUGGAGCGCUACUAUAGCCGUCGCAUUCCGGCAGCCACGACAGGAUCUCGGGAGAUCGUCAACAACGAGGACGAGCUGCUGCAGUCCUUUGCCUAUUACUUUCAGAACGGAGCUGCAGCGGAACGGGUGAUGGCAAACAGUACCCUCUUCAAGCAACUUGUGGGCUACGCUAAGGUAAUGGAUAAAGAGCGGAUCCAGUGGUACAUGGGUGGAAAUGCUCCGCUGAUGGCUGUGCGCUUCUUCAUGGAGGGAGCUGAAGUUCUACUGGGCGCCCACAUGUCUAAAAAAUUACGUCCCCUGCUGCCCAAGGAGAUUCGUCUGGCUGGCGACGAGAUCCCAAACGAUGAUAUACAUCUUAUUCUGGAGUACAAAGCCGGCGAUACCUGGGGAUCAUACGUGGCGCCUCGGGCCAAUCGGUACAUUCUACACAACGACCGGAAUAAUCCGCAUCUGAGGGCGGUGGAGCAGUUAACGGAUGCCCUGAAGAUCUAUCAACCACAGCUGCUGGUGGUCAGCGGACUGCAGAUGAUGGACAUGUUCACCUUUAAUCCUGGCGAGCGCGAGGCGCGCCUGCAGCAAGUACGGAGACAACUAACCAGCCAGCCCGCAGAUACUUUGAAUCACUUUGAGAUGGCUUCCUACGUGGAGUUGCAGCUGCUGCAGCAGCUACGACGUUAUGUCCUUCCCUACGUAGACUCCCUGGGCAUGAACGAACAGGAGCUGUCCAAUCUGCAGCAGGUGCUCGCAUACGGACGGACUACCUUGGCCACCGACUGGAAUCCUCGCAUUGCCCACACCCUUGACCAGAUGCGGCAGGUCUUCAUCAGCCUGCUCGAGGAUUACGGCGACCGAAGUGGUACGGAUCCCAGGCGGCGCCGAGUCUCGCGAAUCCACGUGCACACUUUGGCCUACCAGGCUAUCCUCACCACUGCGGACUCCAAGUGGAAGAACACCCGAGCUGCGGCGGCCAAGGCGGCUCUCACUGCUCACCGAUACGUCUGCAAGUCCCAGUUUAUUAAUCCGGAGGCAGUGCUGCAGGUCCUGGACGACAGUUUCGCCACCUCGGCGCAAACGAAUGCUCCUCGGAUGCGGAUCGGUGCAGCCAGUCCUGUGCCCUGUUGGCGGGAGUAUAUUGAGUACGGUCGCAAGCGGCAACGCCUUGAGGUGGAGAUUUGUGUGGCCCCGGUGCUGGUGUGCCGCGAGGCCAGGAAAACAGCUGGAGCUGGCGACAACAUCUCCGCCUCCGGAUUGGCGGCACAGUUGUAGGAGCGACGAUGACGAUAGAACCGGAAAGACUGCAUAGUACUUCACUAGAAACCUGCAAUCCAAGACUCGAGUAGAAGGCCAGGACGUAACCCCGAAGCAUUCCCCCGCUGGAUGGACAUGGACUCGGCAUGUUUAGCACCUUAGUGACCUUAGAAACGCGUUACCUUCACACAAAUCUGACGAAAAUGCUCAAGCGAUAGCACCAAGCAAACAACGACUCCCAUGAGACCACAUAUCCAGAUGAGUUUUAAGGCAUAGUGCAGAUUUCUGCUUCUGUCCUCUCAUCAUCAACGUAAAUUCCAUGUGUUCAAAAUUAUUCCUAAUGCAACAGCAUCGAUGUUCGGAAACGAAAUCCACCUAGUCCUAAGUUUUGUUAGUCACUAAUUGUAUGUUUUGACAUAUUUGAGCCAUUCCUAAUUACAAUUUGUUUUGCGCACUUGGUUUCAAACUUAAAUAAUGCGGCAACGAAUUAAACAGGCGUUUACGUACUGUAAGAUAAUUGUGAACCUGUAUACCCAA